UUGCGAGGAAAUUCAGUUCACAUCUAGAAGCCGAACUGAAAAAACCUAGUCAUACCACUGAAACCAACUGAACUUCGAUAUGUCGAACAAGUCUAAGGCAAGUCUACUUGGAUUCAACGCAACGCGUUCCUCUUUCGACUACGAGUUCCUCAUGCAGGAGCAGCCGCGUGGGUCUACGGAGGAGCAGGACUUGCCAUCGAAUAUGAUGGAUCAGUCUACCCAGACGGAACUCUCCGCAUUCAUGAUGUCUGACCAGUACGAUAUUAGUUUGCAUUUCGGCAUGCUGGGCUUGAAGCAGCGAGUUCCUACCGAGGAGGAUCUAACUGCGGUGCCAGAGCAUCAGCCAGGGCAAAAUCCAUAUGGGGAUCCGUUUGCUAAGGAAGAGAAUCCCAUUCCGCCCACCGUGGCGACCAGGAAGGGGCGUAAACGAAAAGGAAGCCCGAACCCGUGUUCUCCAAUUGCUGGAGUACAUACAUUUUAGCUGCAGGCAUCAGCCUCGUAUUGGCCACUUUGUGGCGAUGCGGUGAAUCAAUACUGGAGGUAUUGAUGCUCCGCUACAUUUACUCUUCGAGGGAUGCAGGACAUUGAUGUACAAUUAUUUGUUCUGUUACAUUUAAUUAAUUUUUGUACUUAAUAUCAUCUGCCGCUCAUCGUAUGAAUAAAUGAAUAAAAUCUAUAAA